CUCGCGGCCUGCUGCGCACUACCGCGCGACGCGAACGCUCGGCGGCCCGCACACCAAACACAUAAACUAAACCGUACCGAAGUGUAAUAAUAAUAUUAUACAAUAUCACAAGUCCCCGUGUCUAUGUAGCGACGGUAUCGGAAUUUUUGUAGAAAAAAAAAAAAAAAAAAAAACCAAAUGCCACAUGCCGUACAAUUUCCAAUUGGUAUUUAUCGUUUUAUAAAUAUUGUGCGAUAAACGUGAGUGUGUAUAGGCGGUGUCCGUAUCUGCAGCAUUCGGCUGCGGUACAAGCGAGUAACUGCAACAGGGUAUGUCCGCCGGAUUUAUCGCAGAACACAGGGUAUAAUGCCAUUUAUACCCGAGCAACAUCGACUGACCCCGGUAAGUGUAUUAUAUUAUGCUGUUGUUAUUAUAUAAUAUCGCUCUAAACGUUUUCUGUGUUGCGUAGCUAUUUUUUUUUUUUUUUUAUUUUUUUUUCCAUUUAUUUUUAUUUUCGCGCUAAUAUCGCUUAUUCUGUGUAAGCACGUAUACUAUUUAUCAUAUAAUAUAGACUUAUUACGUACUGGCGUCUAGCUAUAUACAUACAGAUUAUUAUUAUAUUACGUUGUUAUUAUAAUUUAUUAGCUACAGUUAAUACUCAUACAUACAUACGUCACAGUGUACGCCGAAAGUUUAGCGAAAGUUUGUGGGUGUACCAUGUAUCGCGCGAGCCGCCCGCACCUGUCAGAGAAAGGGAGGUCCCUCUUCACCCCACCCCACCCCCUCUAUUCUCUCUCCCUCUCUCUCGGUGAUAGGUUUAUACAUAAUAGAUAUAUAUAUAUAUAUACGUAUAAGCUUAACAUCACCAUCAUCCCUCGCCCAAUAAAUUAAAUAUCGAUUAGUUUUCGACGCGAUAAAACAUUACCUAUACGUAGUACAGACGCUGCUGACCGCAAAGCUCCCGCGGGUGGCUAUAGGUAUUAGAAUAAUAAUAAUAAUAUCAUAUUAUCAUUAUUAUUAGGUGAUUCGCAGCUUAACUCGCGUUAUUAAUAAUGAAACAGAUACGGAAUGUGUAUCCCACGGGCGAUAAUAAUGAUAAUGUAUAGUAACAUGGUGUUUAUUGCAGGCAAUAAUAAACAUUAGUCCGGUACCCAUGUAUAAUAUUAUAAUAUAGGUAAUUUCGUAUAAUCCUCGCAGACUAUUAGGCAUAAUAAUUAUUAUAGGUUGUUAUCGUAGGGUUAUACAUCACUGCUGUCUUAAAAUGGUUUCGUUCAGAUUCCCCGUAUACGUGCUUGUUUAAUAUCGUUUUACCUAAAUACAGCCCCGUGAAGUUGACUCACCCUGCGCCAUAUCAGAAAUCGAUGAAACCAACAUUAACAUAUUUUAGCCAGUUAUUUUAACAAGAAUUUUAGUUUUAAAAUGUGCAAAACAUUAUUUUCGCGUUGGUAAUACAAAUUGAAAAGGCACAGGGGCUAACUUCAUGUAUACAUUCAAUGAAAACUAUUAUGAUAAAUUUGAAAAAAAAAAACAUUAUUAAACUUCAAUAUAAUAACUUUGUUCACGUACUAGAUAUUGUAUCAAUACGAAAUAGAAAAUGAUUACGUUAAUUCAAAUGUAAUUGAACUAAUUAUAAAUAAUAACUAUAGAAAUACACAUUAAGAAUUUUAAAUGAAUAUUAUAAGUCUGGUUUGUUGAGCUUAUAAUUGUUUUUUAUUAACUGUAUUUAUACAUAUUAUUUGUAACAGAAAGAAACAUUAUUAGUUAAUCCAAGGAUAUACUUUAUUAAAAUAAAAAAUAAAAACAAUUAUCAUAUCAAUAAAUAUUGUUACACAAAAGUAACUCAUAUUACACACAAACAUUGCAUGACAAACAAAUAAUUAAAAUAUCAGCCUAAUUAAAUACUUAUUAAUAGUAUAAUAAGAUAUUUCUUAAAUCUACAAAUUAUUAUUAAUUAAAUGAAUACAAUUUAUAUUUUGACUUCUUUGUUCAUUUAUAUUGCUAAAAAUAACUAGUCUUGCCAUUUCUUGACACUUUGCGACACGUGAAAUAAUUUACACGAAAUGGCUCCAAUAUAUAAUUACGACAAUCUAACGAUGGUAACGAGGGUAAAUUUCCAUUAGAUAUUUAAUUAUUACUUAAUAAACCUCUAACGCAAAACAGUACCCAAAAACCAUUUUUGGGAAAAUGUAAUCCCAUGUAUAGGGGACCCUAUCAUGAGCAUAAUUUUUUUCGAAGGGAUGCAAAGGUUAGAUUAGUCGGAGGAAAAUGACAAUUGGCUGAUGUACAGAGUAAGUAUAUAUUAUACUAUUGGAUAGUGUCAUUUAAUAACACUAGAAACUGUCGUUACGCAGACAAAUAAUGGAUGGUGAUGUGGGAUGAUGUACAGACUAAAUAGAUGUAUACUUUUAAAUUGAAUUGUGUUGUAUUGAAUUACUGUACAGUUUUUCAUUGAAUAUAAUGCUAUUUUUCGUUGAGUUUAGCCUCCCCCCCCCCAUCACUAUAACGCAUAGGGUCGGAAUUAUUGGUGUCGUCGAUUCUUUUUAAUUAACAAGUAAUUGCAAAUCCAAACAAAUAUUUGUACGUUUCAAAAAAUCCCACGUCUCACGAUCGUCUUUUUAUUAAGCACAAAUCGACAAAUCGUUGAUCUGUUAAUAGAACAUAAUUCAACUAAUUUACUCAUAUUUAAAGCUUUCAUAUAGACGCGCGUCCCUAAUAGUAGUGAGAGGGGAAUCGUCUGUACCCCCUGACCUAACUUAAGACGCUCUUGCACUCAUAUUUUAAAAUUUAUAUAUAACGCAUAAACUCAGUGAUAUUGAUAUAUGCAAUAUAAUGGACAAUAUCGGUAUGAGAAAUACAGUAAAAAAUAUUAUUGCCUAUAAUUAUUAAAUUUAAGUUGUACAUAUACUAUAUUAUACCUAUUUUGUAUUUUUUAAGUUACCAUAAUUUAUUAACAUAGUUUUGAACUUUAGUAAUGGGUACACGUUGUAUAAUAUCUGAAUUAUAAAUAGUAGUGCAUCUUAUUGGUUAAAAACAUUUAUUUUAAGCGAAUUCAGCAAGUUCGUUAAAAAUUUUAACUUGUAUCUAUAGGAAAAUAAGUAAAAUUAAAAACCUAUUCGUAUUUUUUUUCAAAAAUAAUUGUAAUUUAUUUUAUUUCCAGAAACCUAUUAAAGACACUACACUAAAAGAUGCAUUUCGCUGGAGAGAAACAUGGAAAUGUUUUGUUCUAACAAUAAUUAUUGUCGCAUUCAUAAUUGACGUAAUUCUGGAUCCAUUAGAUGUACGUAAAUAUACUCACUAAAUAUGACCUAUUAUACCAUUACAAAAACGUGAAAUGAUAGCCUACCUCUUACUAAGUAUAAAAUGAAAUAGGUAAGAACCUGAAAUAAUAAUUAAUAUUCAAACGACAGACUUGUAAAGCGUUUGAGUAAAAGUACUUAAAUACAAAUAUUCAAAUAAUACUUUUUAAGUACCUACUCAAGUACGUAUUUUAAUUAUACCAACGAAAAUUAUUUAGUUUAGUAUUCAUAUUUUUAAAAUAAUUUCAAAAUUAUUUGUAUUUAAAAUCGAAUAGGUAGGUACCAAUUUAUUUUAAAUACUUUUAAAAUUGUUUUCCUUGGAGUAUUUUGGAUUUGCUCAAAAUGUUCCUAUUAAAAAAAAAACAUAUACUAACUAAAACGGAGUUUAAUUGCAAGUGUUUUGAAAGGCCGUAAUAUUUACGAUUUUCGUCAGAUUUUGAUUCAAUUUUAAACAUUUUUUGAUUUUCUCAGGAGUUUUCUUAACAAAUGUGAACAACCGAAAAUAUACGGAGAAAAAAUGGGAAAAUGUAUGUAUCAGUUAAAAUAUAUUACGGCCUUCUUUUUAUCUGUGCACAACUUUUUUAUCAGUAAUUUUGCUCCAACUUAUAAUAAUAGAAAUUUUUCUAAAAGAAAAUUUAACUGGGAAGGUACUUUAGGGAGGUCAUUUUACAAUUUCCCCAGCAAAUUUGAAAAACAGAAAUAAAACAUGGGAAAACCAAGGAAAACGUAGGAAAAUUGAGAAAUUCGGUACAACAUUAAUAUUAUUAUUAUUAUUAUUAUUAUUAAAUAAUAUUAAAGAAAAUAUAUAGAGCUUAUUUAAUUAUUUUACUAUAAAAUUACAUAUAUUGUUGACAAAGCAUCACUAUCAACUGAACUCCGUUCAGAAUCGUUUUUUUGUAAGCAAUGGUUUAUCAUUGCUUACGGAUAUACAUUUAAUUAUCUUUAACAGUGGCUGCAACAACGUCUUUUUAAAAAUAUUUUUAUGUCAUCGGCAAUAAACAUAAAAACUUGCAAUAUUUCAAAACUGGACUUAUAUAACUCAAUAUACAUAUUAUAUAUCCCAGAUACGAAAAUAUUAUUAACUUACUAGGUAAUCAUUUUUAUAAAUUAAUAAAUAUCAAAAAUAUUUAUCUACCUAUACCAGAUUUAUCUUGAUGAUUGUUGUUCAUUCCGAAGCUAAACACAUUUAAUGUGAUAACAUGUCACUUCUCACAUAAGUAUAACUGUAGCGACAUAACUUAAAUAUAAAAUCAUUUGAAAAGCAUUUAAAAUUAUUUCGAUAUCUUUCUAGUAUGGUCUAUCAAAAAACAGUAGUUGGAUUACAUACUCUUACUGUGUCGUGGGAUUUCUAUUUAUAUAUACAUUCUACAUGGUAGAAUGUCGGUACAGUGAUAUUGUAUGUGAUUUGGCAGAACCAGAUCUUACGCCAAUCUCUGAAGUUCAUGAGUACAUUAUUCGCCUAAAAAGAUCUGAACCACAAGUUUGGUAUGUAUUUAUUAUUAUUUAUUGUAUUAGUUUAAUAUUUGUGUUACGAAUUCUUCUUCUCCUUCGCCUUCAUCCCAACUAUUUGGGGUCGACCGACUAUUUACGUUACGAAUUAAAAAAUUUAAAAACCGUUAUUAUUUUAUUAUAAUGAUAUUUGUUUUGACUUUUUAGGUGGCAAGCGUCAUGUUUCCAUUUUGUACAACCAAAGUCACCAAGACGAAGUUCAAGAAUACCAUCUAGGGUGAAUAUGCACGUGUCUAAAGUAGCAUUUGAUUACCGAAAUUUCGGAUUUACCGACAUAUCUGAUUGUCUUAUGUUCCACCAAAAGAGUCCAUUGUUGAAAAUUGGAUUCAGCAAAGGUAGGCGUAACUAUUUAGUUUACGUUUGAAGUUUAGUUGCCAACAUAUGUUAUAAUUGGUAGUACAUGCCUAAGUUUAUUUUGCUCAUAACUAUUUAAUAAUAUAAAUAAUAACAAUGCGAUUUUCAUUAAUGUUUACCUAUAUAAUAAUAUAAAUAAUAACACUGCGAUUUUAAUUAUGUUUAUCUAUGUACUCACCUAUCUUUUAUACAACAGGAUUCGCUUUUGCUAGACCGCGACACGCUGAAGAAUAUGAAAGCAUUCGAAACGAGUUCUUUUCGGCUCUAGAACCAGUGGACGACCAUAUAGAAAAGAAAGAAGGCAUAGACUUGCCUGGUGUCGAAUUUGAAGCUUUUAUACAUGCCGGGAAAUUUCCAUGGUUUAUAAAUACCGCGACAUACUGGAUAUGUUCAUCCCUUUUAUUAUCGUGGCCCUACAGGAUUUAUGUCAAUUAUAUUACAGCACACGCACAUUUUAAGGUAUUAUAUUAUAUAACAUAUAGAACGAUUAAUGUAACGUAAGAUGUUCAUAUUAUCUUGGAAGGUGUUAACUUUUUUUGUUAAAUAAUUUAAGAAACAAGCAGCUUUAAGCCAUGCCACCACACAAAUGAUACUCCACUACUCAUUCCCUACUCACAAAAAGACAAACUUUAAAAAUAGAAUAUCUCGUCAACGAAUAAUCACUGCUGUUAAAUUUUCAACACCAAAACUAAAACUCCAUCUAUUUAUAGGAUUUUUUAUAUACUACAUAGGUAUUGUCAUUUGAAAAUCAAAAUGUGGUAGUGGUUUCACUUCCUAUCAUAAAGAUGAAAAAAAUAAGUGUAAUGUCCUUGACUACUGAGGUCAUUAGCUGAAACAGAGGGAUUAAAUCAUAUAGGCGUGUUUAGAAUUUCGUAGAAUUUUUUGGAAAGAACAGGUACUGACAUUUUUCAGGGAUCUACCCCACUAGAUAAUUGAGAUCCAAUGGCACUUGAAUAUAUUAUAAACUUAAAAAUAAAUUAUUAUCUAAUUGUUUAUACCAUUAAAUUAAUAUGGUAUUACAUGUUAUAUUAAUCUGACUUAAUAAUUAAUAUUUUGAAUUACAUAUUGAAAUUUAAAAAAAUACUUUCGUGAAUAAUAUCGCACGAGGGACCCCCACCCUUAAAACUCCUAUGGGUUAAAUAUUAUUAUAAUUAACAAUAUAAACGAGAUAGAGAAAAAAAAGGAUCUGUAACAUUUUAGAGCUACUAAUGUUUCUUAAAUUGUCCUAAAAUAGUAGUUAUUUAUCAUUUAGCCAUUUUUACAAUAAAAAAAAACCGUAACAUAUCUUUAAAAAAAUUAAUAUUAUUAAUUAAAUUAAUUCUUAGAUAAAGUUGUGUUCUUAUUAAUUGCUUUAGUAUACAGCUAUACAGUUUUAAGCUAAAUCCUAUAGGUAAUAUUUUAAAUACUAACGAUAAGAUAAUUUUUUGACACAAGAUGUAUACGAGUAUAAUAUGUUAAAAAACGCUCUCGCUGACGUACCUGUAACUUAUUCUUAAGAGGACACCACACCGACAUUUACUGUCUCUGUCUUACAAACGCGAGACGUAGAAAAUUUCCUUUUAAUAGGAUACAUUUUGUGCCAUUAGUUUUAAUAAUAAAACAAAGAUAUAAACAUUUUUAAAUUGUGAUAUUUUAAGUACUCAUAUCUCGCUUAAAAAUUAAAUAUCUAAAAAAACAUCAAUGUCAAGGCACAUAUUAUAAUCGUCUUAUCUUUAAAUGUGGUUAUAAAUCAAUUUGCUUUAAUAUUAAAAAUAACUGUACAAAGUGUAUCUUACUGAACGCAAAUUUGCUAUAUCACGUAUUUGUAAGACGGAGACAGUAAAUGCGGGUAUUGUGUCUUCUUGUGAAUACACCCGCAUGUGUUGUCUCCGUCUUAUAAACGUACGACAUUUGCGUUCAACAGAGACAACACUGUACUAAUAGUUUUACAUUUUGGUAAUUAACCAUUACCAUAAUGGUUAAUUUACCAUAAUCACAAUGUAAUAAUGUUUAUAUUAUCUCGCUUGAAAAUUAUCGAAAAAAUAACACAUUUACAAAAUUGCACAAAUUAUGUUACAGAUUAUAUUACAUUCUUAUCUUUAAUAAUAAAAAAACAAAUGUUAAAAAUUAUUACUCAAUAUAUUUUAAUAAAAUAAAAAUAAUACAUAAUAAUACAGUAUGUCCCACCAUGUUCGAUGGAUUUUUCUAGAGCUGUUAAUAUUCAAUUUUUUUCAAUUAUUUUUUUUUGCAAUCGGUUUGCCUUUGAGAAGGACAUAGAUUUGGAAAAAAUUACAUUUUUAUUUUCAUCCCCUAAAUACAAAAUAAAAAAAAUUUGUAUUCAUUGACUUUACAAAAUUUUCAAAAUAGCCAUUUUGUAAAAGAUAUUAUUCUAAACAUUUUAAUGUGCACACACUGAUAUUGAACGAAUAGUUUCUUAGUAAUAGCCGUGUUUUAAUUUCUAGAAAAAAAAAAGUGCGAAAACAAUAUUCAAUAAUAAUCACAAUCGUCACACGGUAAUUCCUUAUCACAACAGUAGUUUAUUAUAAUAUACUGUGUCAAAAACCCAGGCCCUUGGAGUUUCUGUAGCUCGGAGUCAUAAGCUCCCCUGAACUCUCUUCCCCCCUAAAUUCGGGUUUGGCUUGGUAUCACAGUAUCCUCUUAAUAGGUAGGUACUUCUACAAUAGAGUCAAUUUAAAUGUCAUAUUAUUAUAUAAGAACUAAUGGUUUGUUAAUAAAACCCGUCCAUUUUUGUGUACCAUUACACCCAUCUGUAAAUAGGUCAUCAAGCUGUUUGGACACGUGCGCAUGAUACCCAGCUACUCGGAGGCGAUGCUCAUGGAUCCGGCACCUCCGGCGUACUUCAUCGAUUGUCCGUCGACGUACGAGUACGACGUGUUCGACCCGUCGCAGUCGUUGACUAUAUUCCGGACGUGCGCGCCGAAUUACGUGCCGUCCAGCCUGAUCCGGUACAUCGAAUCGUCCAGCCCGUUCGCGUAUCCGCCUAGCUACGAGGAGGCGAUCAGGUACCCGAUGUUCGAACAGUCCGUCGACCAAGCGGGCAGCAAUAACAACAACAACAACAAUAACAACAAUACCGUACGCGCGGCCGCGGACAACGCCGUCGUCGCAGUCGCUCGCAACCCCUCGUCGGCAGUGACUUUCGAGACCAGUUUGUAAUCACAUUGCGGCUGAUGUAUUUUUCGUUUUCUUUUCCGUCUUAUGGAUGUGUGUUAUUGAUUUUUUGUGUGUACAUAGUUGUCCCGCUGUUUUACUUUAAUAUGUUUUCGUGACCAAAAUCAUAGGUACCUAUUAUAAUAUAUUAUAGCACUUAAACGAGCGCUUGACUUGGGGGUGGGGGCGGGAGUGGCAUAACUGAAACUGAUGGUGAGUUACACAAAAUGAGAAAAUAACUCAUCCUAUGCCUAAUAUGUUUACGAAAAAUAUUAAAACCAUUAAAACAUAUUUUAUUGGCAUGAUAUUCUAACCAAACGACGAUUUAAUUAGGUAGGUACUCAGAGACUACAAUAGUGUCAGUAAUUUAUUACUAAUACGGUUAUAUUUUAUAUAUGUUGAUCACGCUGAAAUAUUGUCACUGAUUUCUUAAAAUUUGUCUGAAAAUUAAUAAAUACGAUUCUGCCAAAAUAUUUUCUUUGCAUUUCUUUUCGAAUAAACUACGUUUCGGAUAAAUUGCUAUUCUAACAAAAUAUGUUUCUCACAAUAUAUUUGUCAUAUUAUGUAUUAUGUAUAUAAAUUAUGUGUGUCAAAUAUUUUUCCGCUAAAUUACAGUUCGAAUAGAAUAUUUUUGGAUAUUUUACGCAACCCCAUAAAUGAUUACUUCAACUAAUUUUUUACAUAGAUAUGUACUUUACUAUACUUUCGAGAGUUGAGUAUACCUACAGGUAGUUUAAGUAGGUAAUAAUAUGAAUGUAAGUACCAAUUCUAUAAUAAACGCAAAUUUUUACGAAAAUACUCAUCUUGCGAUAUGUGUUUUCGUCUCUAAGUGGAACACUGAGUAUACACCCCGCCUAUUUUAAUAGGCAGGUAAACAUUUUAUUCUUAUUCUAUCCUAUCUAGUAUCUAAGUUUCUUAAUUAUAACGAAUCCCGGAUUAAUAAUCCACUGAGGAACAUAGAAAACAAAUCCCAAAAAAAAAUAUGGACAAAAAGAAAUGUACUGAAAAACUUAAAAGUUUUAUACGUGAUAAUUUAUAUGUGAUUAUUUAGAUUUCAACAAUAUAUUUGAUCAGUACACUAUAAUAAUAAAAAUAAGUAUUAGGUACUGUGUGUAGUAUAUUAAUCACGGAUUCAGAAUUUCAUGGGUUACAAUUGCUUUUACACGCAUUAAGUUAAAUACUACAUUUGCAUUAGAAUUAUGUAGGUACAUGAUCACGAGCCACAAAUAUUGAAUUAUUUAUGUUUAACUUGUUUUAAAAACACUCGGUUCAUAAGCGUGCGCAAGGGGGAUAGUUACCUUCCCUAUGAGAUUUUCUGCCGAAGUACUUAAAAAAAUAUUUUAGACAAUUUUUCAAAACAUUCAACUCUAUCUUCCCCUUGAUUUUUUUGGAUUGGCACAAAUAGAGGACAGGGGAUUUGAGGGGUUUAGCCUACCCACAAAAAAAUAUUUAUCCAUUUGUGCCGAUGAUAUAUAUUUGUAUAAAGUUUGAUUUCAAAAUCAUGACUUCCUAAACGACCUGCGUACUCUUAUGUAUUCAGGUAUAACGUAUAUUUCAUUUUAACGAACUCAAUUUAGAUAAUCUCCAAUGUACAAUAUUUGUACGUUUUUUUUUUUUUAAAUAUUAUAAACGAAUCCGUUUUAAGUAUUUUUCGGAUUAUUAUUGAUAUAAUAAUUGAUAAAUAUAGUUGUUAGAACGUCCAUUGCGCUAUAGCUAUAGCUGUAUUUCGUGUAGGUACAUCACAAAAAUGUUAACCAAGUUAGUAUUGCUGUCUAAUGUUUCUUAAUUUCUUAUAACACGGUAAAAGUUGUACAAUUUGUUGUAUUAAAAUGGAUUACCCACAGUCAGUAUAAAUCAUAAUAAUUUAAAGUUGUAGAUAAAUACUGAUUUUCUAAUGUAAUACAGAAUCUGAUAAGCCAUCCUAAUGAUGUUAAUAUUAAUUACCGUGACAUACGAUUUUUCGGAUUUUUGGACUGUCAACUGAUCCGAUUAUACAAUAGUAAUAUUUCUCUAUUAUUAUAGUCAAGGUGAUAGAUAACCUAACCUAGCCACAUUGAUAAAAAAUUUAUAAUUUAUGUUAGUUGAGUAUUUGAGAAAAUACCAAACUUAUAUUUUACCUGUAUGAUAUGUUUUAAACAGUUUAAAAACACAUGAAAAGAGGAUAUUUUUGCUUUGGCUGAGAGAUUUUUAAUCUGAUUACCAAGUUUUAACUAACCUGCAACGUAUUAUUAAUUUAUAAAAAAUGUGUUUUGUGUUCCUAUAAAAGAACUCCCGUAACAUAAUCAUCCUAUACAAUUAACGAUUUUAUACUACAAAAUAAGUACCUACCUAUCUAUAUAUAAACAAAUAUAGGUACCUACUUACUUGAUGCAUUUAUAAUGUAUAUUUUUAAUUUCCUACCAGCAAUAUUUAUUAAUGAAUACAUAUAGGUAAAUAUGUUCAUAUUAGUGCCAGGGUAGAAAGGCUUAAUUUUUCUAUCCAAUUUUUGGCAUUCAUUUUUAUAACUUUUCUCCCCUUAUUUUUUUUUCUAAAUUGCAUAAACAUAUUUUCAAAAUUAGCGUAUAUAAUGUGCUAGUUUAUGCAUACAGGUGUAUGGAUUUUAAAAAUUUAAUUUGCUUGUAUUGAAAACUAUACAAAAUUUAUUUAAGACCUCCUUAAAGAUACGCCUCCAGGAAUUGUAUUUGAUUAAUAUGUAUGUUAAUAAAUUAUUAUACUUAAUUGCACAGUCCUACAUAGGAACCUAUACCUUCCUAACCAGCACUUACGAUUUAUUAUUACCUAUAAUUUAAUGAAUUUAAGUACAUAUUAUAAAUGAAAAAUACAUUUUCCUCAAUUUGAAAAAAAUGUGUACAGAUUUGUAUGGUUGCUUAACCUAACCCAGCAUACCAUGUAGCUUAUGGGUAAGUAGUUUAGGUAGUUUUUGAACCAAAAAUAACCUACUUACACUUCGUAGUGAGAGCUUAUUGAUAGAGCAAGAUGAGGAUAUGCCACCCCUGAAAAAUAUCAAUAGCCUCAAAAAUUGCAUUUAUUAAAUCUUGACGCACCACCUGAAUGAUUAUUAAUUCAUCAUCUCGUUGUAGACUUAUUAUAACUGUAUAACAUAACCUAAACUUUUGUAUAGGUCUUGUAUUCUUAUGUCCAUAUAUUUAUCUAUAUAUUAAUUUUUACAUGCGUGUUUAAAAACCUAAUUACAAUUUAUUCUCUUCCCCCCAGCCUUUAAAAUAAUAAUUUGGGCAACCAUACCUACGUGUUAUUUAUUUAUUUAGGUAUCGAAAUGAAAUUGAUAACUAUAUGAUAUGCUAGUCUAAUAUCCUAUAUUGGUAAGUAGGUAUCUAACAAUCGUAUUAGUUAGUUCUUCACAUUUAUUUGAAUAUUAAAAUUUAGAACAAUACAUUUGUUGAAUUUUUCAAAAUACUUAAUCAAAAUAAAUAAAUAGGUAGAUAAUAUUAAAAAAUAUGUCGCAAUAUCAAUAUACUUACUAGAUGAGUACCUACCUACUAGAAUAAUAUUAAGUAAAUAUCUAGGUAGGUACAUACCUAUUAUUUAUUCCUUUUGGUGCAAACUCUCUCAUCCCCCAAAAAUAUGCUGCCAAUGUACAAAUACCAUGCAAUGUAAAUAGCUAAGGUUUAAUAAAUCAACAUUGUCUUACAUUAAUUUACAUUUUUUACAGUGUACCUACCUACCAAUAGAUUUUUUUUUUUUUGUUUAAUUAAUAAAUACAUUUAUUAUACAUGUUGAUGGUAUAAUAUGUUUAUAAAAUUGUUUUACUUACCUACCUACUAGAUGUACUUAUAAGUUAAUCGCAUUCGAAUGUUUUUUUUUUUUUUUAUCAUGGUAUAGGUACCUAAUAAAAACUAAUUGUUGAAUAUUAUGAUUAAUAUUUAAUAAAUACAUAACUAUUACAAAUCGAAUAUAAAAAAUUGAAAACUAUAUGUAAAAUAUUUUCAUAAAAAUAAAACAAUUGUUAUUAUUCAAUUUCUGU